CUGUUGAGCGUUGAGCUCGCCUUCUCAGUCCACCACCAGUGCGACCGGUCGGACACGCGACCCGACCCGACCCGACGAUUCGGCGAUCCAAGCCAGCCAACACCAAGCACUAGCACACUAGCAGUCAAAGCAGAGAAGGCAACUAGGCAAAGCAGCGUAACACCCAAGUUACCUCCGCUCCCCUCCCCACCGAAUCCCCCCGAUUGGUCGGCGAUGUCGGCGGCGCCCCCGCCUCCCCCCCCGGAGUCCCCGGUCGCCGCCGCCGCCGGCGGAGGCGACAAGGUGCUCGCCGCGGCGCAGCACAUCGUCAAGUCGCUGGCGACAUCCAAGAACGCCGCCGACGACAUGAUCCGCAUCCUCUCGGGCUUCGACAACCGCCUCUCCCAGAUCACCUCCGACCUCUUCCCCUCCCCCGACCUCGCCGCUGACUCCGACGAACGGGGGAACCCCCUGUGGGGGCAGAUCUCGGCCGCGGCCUUCGACGCCGCCGAGCAGCUCAUCCAGGUCUGGGACGGCACCCCGGAGGCGCUCGUCUUCGAGGCCACCGAGGACGAGGUCGCCGAGUACCUCUCCGCGGUCGACGUGGCCAUCGAGCACCUCGCGCGCGGCAGCGGCGGCGGCGCCGGCGGCGCGGGGUCCUCCUCCUCCUCCACCGCGGGCCGCGCCGGGGUCGCCGUGCAGCUCGCCAUGGCGCGCCUCGAGGAGGAGCUGCGCCACCUCAUGGUCCGCCACGCCGUGCCGCUCGACCCCACGGGCCUCUUCUUCUCCCUGCGCCGCCUCUCGCUCGGCUCCAUGGACGACCUCGACACCUCCUCCGAGUUCGACGCCGCCACGCCGCACAGCAUCGACGUCGCGCCGGAGACCGCGCGCGGCGGGCCCCUGGUCAACCCCUUCGAGGACCAGGUGUUCGACCCCGUGCGCCCUGAGGCCGUCGACGACCUCCGCGCCAUCGCCGACCGGAUGGCGCGCGCCGGGUACUCGCGCGAGCUCGCCGACGCGUACUGCGGCAUCCGCCGUGACCUGCUCGACGAGUACCUCUCCGCGCUCGGCGUCGAGCGCCUCAGCAUUGACGAGGUGCAGCGCAUCGAGUGGAAGCACCUGAAUGACAAGAUGAAGAAGUGGGUGCAGGCGGUCAAGACGGUCGUGCGUGUCCUGCUCGCUGGUGAGCGACGCCUCUGCGAUCAGGUGCUCAGUGUGUCCGAUGAGCUCAGGGAGGAGUGCUUCAUCGAAUCAACCAAAGGUUGUAUUAUGCAGAUUCUCAGCUUUGGGGAUGCUGUGGCUGUGUGUCCCCGCUCGCCAGAGAAGCUCUCGCGGAUUCUUGACAUGUAUGAGGCACUUGCAGAGGUGAUCCCUGAGAUGAAGGAUUUGUGCUUGGGCAGUUCUGGGGAUGGUGUGAUCAGCGAUGUUCAGGCGAAUCUUGAUAGGCUUGGGGAUGCCAUUAGGGGUACACUUUUCGAGUUUGGGAAGGUUUUGCAGCUGGAGUCAUCACGGAGGGCAAUGACAGCUGGUGAGAUCCACCCCAUGACACGCUACGUCAUGAACUAUUUGAGGCUUCUGGUUGUUUACAGCGACACACUUGAUGCCCUCUUGGAUGACAAUGCCGAUGACCAAAUUGAUUUGGCAAGAGCUGAGGAUCAGGAUCAGGAACACUUGGAGAGCAUGACCCCUCUUGGAAAGCGCCUUUUGAAGCUGAUAUCUUAUUUGGAGGCUAACUUGGAGGAAAAAUCUAAGCUGUAUGAAGAUAGCGCCCUGGAGUGCAUAUUUUCCAUGAACAAUUUGCUGUACAUUGUUCAAAAGGUGAGGGACUCUGAGCUCGGCAAGAUUUUAGGUGAUCACUGGGUAAAAAGGCGUAAUGGCAAGAUCCGGCAGUAUUCAAAGAGCUACCUAAGGAUUUCCUGGAUGAAGGUUUUAUCUUUUCUGAAGGAUGAUGGACAUGGAAGUGGGAGCGGCAGCAGCAGCGGCAGUGGCAGUGGGCAUUCAAGUUCUCGGAUGUCCAUCAAGGAGAAGUUCAAGAACUUCAACCUGGCCUUUGAGGAAAUAUACAGGAACCAAACAACCUGGAAAGUUCCAGAUCCUCAGCUCCGAGAAGAGCUGAAAAUAUCCAUAUCUGAAAAUGUUAUUCCGGCAUAUCGUGCUUUUUUGGGAAGAUAUGGUAGCCAAGUGGAUGGGGGAAGAAAUUCAGGGAAAUAUAUAAAAUACACCCCAGAGGACUUGGAAAGUCAGCUUUCUGAUUUGUUUGAGGGUGCACCGGGGCCAGCCAACCACUCUAGAAGAAGAACAUAGUUCAUAUUUGGCAAGCCCUGUUAAAGGAUUUGCAGUCUCUUUCAAGAUAGAACCGUUCAAAAGUGAAGCAAAGGGGUGGAUUUAAACAGUAAUAAGAUGGCGCAACGUUGAUAUUUCUGACACUAAAGAAAAACAACUGGUAAUACUUGGUUUUGUGUUCUGUAUCCUUCAGUAAUUCCAAAUUGAGUUCUGCUAUACGUACGACUGAAGCUGUAGGACUCACAUCCGACCACCAAUCAACACUCUCAACAUCUUCCCAUGUGGGCCUAGGCAUGUAGCAGCUUUGCACUAGUCAGACACAAAUGGUACACGCUAGUCAUAUGUAUAGACAUUUCCUUCCAAAUUUCAGAAGGAUCCUCUUUACUGAUUUAUUUCUGUUUAAAUCCCUACGGAGUUCAUGUCAUUUUACUUUCAGAUAUGAAAUCUGAAAUUUCCGUUCUUCUAUUUCUAACUUGCAGGACGUACAGAUUGUGCUAUUAAACACAGUAGAGUUGACAUCUUUUUUUUCGUCACCCGCACAUAUCAUUGUAGUACUUGUGCAUUUUCCCGGAAAAAAGUACUUGUGCAUUUGUGCCGCUCUGUGUUAUGUACAGUUGGAUAUCUUAUGAUAUUACUAGAGUGAUGUUUCCUGGUGAAUUUUGUAACUGAUUUCACUACAUUAUCAGAAGUCUGAUGUAAUGCUGCCUCAGAAAUAUAGCAAAACUUUAUUAAGAUUGGACUGGGAUUUGGAAUCAGUGGAUUGAUUCUGCUGGCAUAUGGAAUUUGCCCGAUUCUGAAACGGACGCAUGCCAGAUUUUCAGUCCUCCAUCUCUCUUGAUUCAGUGUGCGUUAGUGCAAAAUAAUCAAGAUAUAUUUCAGUUUAGAGUUGAUGAGAUUUGUAAUUUUGUAAAACUUAGGCACCGAAAAUUUUGUGCGGAUAUGUUUCUUGUGUAAAGCGUUUCUAUCCAAGCCAAGACUUUUUUGUGGUGGGAUGCAUGUUUGAGUAA